GGCGCUGCGCGCAGCUGGCGGAGUCCGCUGGGCUGGCGCCGUCGGGCGCGCCGCUGUGUGCCGCCCUGGCCGACAUCUGCACGAGCGGCCGCUGCGACGCGGUCGCGGUGGUGUACCACCCGAGCGGCCGGCGCGAACCAGUAGAGCUGGCGCGCCCGGAGGAGCUGACGGGGCUGGAGCCCGAGGCGGUGAUGACGCGGUUGCUGGCUUUGGCGCGCGGCGACGAUACGACCACCAGGGAACUCCUGUUCGGGGUGCGGAUUCCGAAGCCGCCCGAGGGCGAGCAGGGCAGGCUGUGGCUGGGCUCCGUCUGGCUGGACAUCAGCGCUCUGAAGAGCGAGGCCGCGAUGGUCGGCGUGCCCGCGGCGAAGCUGGUGAAGUGGCUCGCCGCCGCCGCGGCGCCCGAGGCGGACGAGCUCCCUGGCCUCCUCUACUACGCCCUCUGCCUCCUCUCGUGCGGCACCCUGGCGGGCUCGCUCUGCUUCGGCUGGGCGGCCUGCGCCGCGACGUGGAGCACUGGCGGCACGGGCGUCGCGCCGCAGGAGCUACCGCUGGAGAGCAGCUCCGCAAGAGACUGGACAGCAUCCCGGCGCCAAAGAGUUCCCAGCUCUACCAGGAGCUACCACGACUAUUACAUGGCCGAGUACCGUCAGCAGCUGGCCCAGGCCGCCAUGAUGGACAACACCAACGGAACGAGACUUUUGGUCCAGCCCCGCGGUGCUGUGGGCGAUGUGCCUGGCGUUUCUUGCCGCGUUCGUCGCGGUGGCAGCCAAGCUCUACGCCACCGGCCACGACAUCUUCUGGAACACUGGAUGGGCCCUCGCCCUCAGGCGCACCUUCUGGCUUGACACCGCCGGCCCGAAGG